CUGAUGCAAGACAUAUUCGGAUCAGUUCGCCGAUCUCUAGUAUUUCGACCAGCAUCCGGCGAAGAUGGAGAAUAUGGAGGAUAUGGAGGCCCGGUGGAGAAAAUAUGGUCCAGCAUUCGCAAAUCUGGAAUCGGACUCUUUUCAAGACAGUCUGUUCGUGCGUUGCCUCCGAUCCCCAAAGAUGAGGCGCCUUCGAUCCGGUGGAGGAAAGGCGAGUUAAUCGGGUGUGGCGCAUUCGGGCGAGUCUAUAUGGGGAUGAAUCUUGAUUCCGGAGAGCUUCUUGCCAUUAAGCAGGUUUCAAUUGCUGCGAAUAGUGCUUCAAAAGAAAAAACGCAGGCUCACAUCAGAGAGCUUGAGGAAGAAGUGAAGCUUCUGAAGAAUCUCUCACAUCCAAACAUUGUUAGAUAUUUGGGAACUGCAAGAGAAGAUGAGUCAUUGAACAUUUUGUUGGAGUUUGUGCCGGGAGGGUCCAUUUCGUCACUCUUAGGAAAAUUUGGAUCCUUCCCUGAGUCUGUUAUAAGAAUGUAUACAAAACAGCUAUUAUUAGGAUUGGAAUACCUUCACAAAAAUGGUAUUAUGCAUAGGGACAUAAAGGGGGCAAAUAUCCUGGUUGAUAAUAAGGGAUGCAUUAAACUUGCAGACUUUGGUGCAUCUAAGAAAGUUGUUGAGCUGGCUACUAUGACUGGUGCCAAGUCAAUGAAGGGUACUCCAUAUUGGAUGGCUCCUGAAGUUAUUCUCCAGACUGGACAUAGCUUCUCUGCUGAUAUAUGGAGUGUUGGAUGUACUGUUAUUGAGAUGGCUACAGGAAAACCUCCUUGGAGCCAGCAAUAUCAGGAGGUUGCUGCUCUCUUCCAUAUAGGGACGACUAAAUCUCAUCCUCCAAUUCCAGAGCAUCUUACUGCAGAGGCAAAAGAUUUUCUAUUGAAAUGUUUACAAAAGGAACCAAACUUGAGGCCUGCUGCUUCAGAAUUGCUGCAGCAUCCAUUUGUAUCUGGGGAGUAUCAGGAACCUCAUCCAGUGUUUCAAACUUCAGUUAUGGAAAAUUCUGGAAACAUGAUGGCAACAUCUGAGACAGACCUUAAGAGCUUCCCAAACCCAGUAAUCAGAAGGUCAAACUGCACAAGCUCAAAUAAUGUUUGUAACAUGGGUAGUGUGAGAUGCUCAACUGUAUACCCUGAGAAGUUUUCAGGAACUGGACCCCUUUGGGGAGCAAACAGUUGUGAUGAUGACAUGUGUCAGAUUGAUGAUAAAGACGAUUUUAUAGUUCAUCAAUCAGUAAAGUUCGGUUCAGCCAUUCUUUCUGAUCAUCUAAAUAAGAGUUUUAACCCUAUGUGUGAGCCCACUGAUGAUUGGCCAUGCAAAUUUGAUGAGAGUCCAGAGUUGACUAAGAGCGGAGCAAACUUAUCCUCUCACCAAACCAUUAGUAAGCCUGCUGGCAGCCCUAGAGCAUCUAAUGAGAGGGAGAAUGACUUCACAUUUCCAUGUGGGCCAUUAGUUGGAGAUGAUGAUGAUGAAGUUACAGAGUCAAAAAUUAGAGCCUUUCUAGAUGAAAAGGCCUUAGAUUUGAAGAAGCUUCAAACGCCACUAUAUGAAGAAUUUUACAACAGCACAUUGAAUGCAGCUGGUCCUCCAAGUGCUGUUGGGAAAUCACAUGACAAUGUUACAAAUUUUUUGAACUUACCACCUAAAAGCAGGUCACCAAAUCAAACCCCUACCAGAAGGUUGUCAGCUGCUGUUGAUGCUGCCUGUAUUUCCAACUCUGCAAAUCAUACAAAACGUGGAUUAAAUGUUGGCACUAUAAGUGAUAGAACUUUGAAGGAAAUUCAGUCGCCUCAGCUGAGUGAAUGGAAAGAGCUUCUUCUUGAUGCCCAGCAGGAACCAGUCAGUUUAAGCACAAACUUCUCUGAGAGACGAAGAAAAUGGAAAGAAGAGCUUGAUCAAGAGCUUGAGAAGAAACGAGAAUUGUUGCGCCAGGCAGGUGUUGGAGGGAAGACAGCAUCUCCAAAGGAUCAGAUUCUAAAUCGGCCAAGAGAGCGGUUAAGAUUUGCAUUCCCAGGAAAAUGAGUA